ACGUAUGCAAACAGGAACAUGGCUACCGGUGUAUAACAUCAGCAGUCCGUCGUUACAGUUCACUUCUGUUGGCCUGACACAGUCUGAGACAUUACAACCCUCGCUGUGCCUCCGCCACGGAAGAAAAGCCCUUCGUAGAGUUUAUCGGCGGAGCCAGCAGACCCUCUGAGACCAGCGUCCUCGUUGUCCAUCAAUCACAGACAGUUCUCUUUCAGUGUGGGUCAAGAUGGCGAGUCCAAGGACCAGACGAGUUCUGAAGGAAGUGAGAACUCAAGAUGAGAACAAUCUUUGUUUUGAGUGUGGGGCUUUUAAUCCUCAAUGGGUUAGUGUGACCUACGGGAUCUGGAUUUGCCUUGAGUGCUCUGGAAAGCACAGGGGCCUGGGAGUACAUCUCAGUUUUGUGCGCUCUGUCACCAUGGACAAGUGGAAAGAUAUUGAGCUUGAGAAGAUGAAAGCGGGAGGAAAUGGAAAAUUCCGCCUGUUUCUUGAGCUCCAAGAUGAUUAUGAUCCCACCUGGACUUUGCAGGAGAAAUACAACAGCAAAGCUGCUGCGCUUUUCAGAGACAAGGUGGCCACUUUAGCAGAGGGUAAGGAAUGGUCCAUUGAGACAUCACCUGCCAGAAACUGGACAUCCCCUCAACCCAAGACCAGCCUUUCAUCCUCUCAUCGCUCUGGAGGACCUGGACAAAACUCAGCUAAACCUAACGACAAAGCUUUUGAAGACUGGUUGAGUGACGACGUUAACUCAUAUCAGAGUGGUGGGGGUUACAGUGGGAAUCAGGAGAAUCGGUAUGUUGGCUUUGGCAACACGGUGACCCCAGAGAAGAAAGAGGAUGACUUCAUCAACAAUGCCAUGUCUUCUAUUUAUUCAGGUUGGAGCAGUUUUACUGUUGGAGCCAGCAAGUUUGCUACUAUCGCUAAAGAUAAUACAUCUAAACUGGCAAACCAAGCAACCUUAAAGUUAAAGGGCUAUAAAGCGCCCCCAGAACCGGCCACAGAGUUAGGACAGACAUUAAAUGAGAAUGUUAUCAAACCUACCCAAGAAAAGGUGAAAGAUGGCAAAUUGCUAGAUGAAAUGGCAGUAGGCAUGACUGAACUGGCAAGCAAGGUUCAGGGAGCUGGUGCAAAAUUGACUAACCUCUUCACUGGAAAACCAGAAGAUGGGUCUGCUGGAGAGAGCUACCAGAACAUGGAUGCCACUGAGGGAUAUCAGGGCAGUUCUGACCAGCCUGUCUCAAAGGACUUUUGGGAAACCUUUGGCAGCAACAACUCCCUAAAGGCCAAGAAAUCUCCCAGCAGUGACAGCUGGACCAUCCCAGAUAAUUCUGCAAAGAAGAGCUCUGACAGUUGGGACAAUUGGGGCUCCGAAGCAGCGUCCAACAACAAACACAGUACAGAAGAGAGCUGGGAGGCCUGGGACAACAACUGGGAUAACGCAGAUGGUAAGACGAAGAAGAGUCCCACGAAACCUGCCGAGGAAACCUGGGAGAAUGCAAACUGGUAGUGACCUCACAACCAUACAUCUCCUUACCUUUUCCCACUCUGGCCUUUUCCUUUCUGUUUCUCUUUGUUCAUCUCACUGGCACUUUCAGGGAAAGAGCUGCGUCAGCUGACUUCCUGUCAACCCAUUCAAAAUAUAUUUAUUAUAAACCCAAAAAACAAUAAAUGAAGCCCAGUGUUAAACUGAGCAUAUAAUUAUUAACUGAAUAUUCUUAAAAUGUACAACUACAUUAAAUGGCAGUCAUUUAUUUUAUUGUAAAUUACCUUCAUUGAAAGGAAUUAAGACAAACCAGUGUAGAUACGGUCAUAACUUUCCCAGAUAUAAUACUCGUAAUGGUGAAUAAGCCAGUGUUCUUACUGUAUCAUGGGUUUAAUGAUACUGGUUUUCAAUUCACCACAUAAAAAAAAUGAUGCAUGAAAGAGAAAAUCUGACAUUGUAAAUAUAAAUCCUUGUAGAUACAGUAUGAUUGACUAAACACCAAUGACAUUAUUUUCUGUGUUAAAUCAAAUUGAUUUCUUCUGCCCCUUGACCUUUUGCACAUUUCGUAUUAGUAAAAUUGAUUUUGAAAGGCCUUCUUGAUAGAAUAGAGCUCUUUCCAUACUGUAGUCACAACGUGUUAUGUUAAAUUAAAGCAACAAAUAACCACUCUAACAAAUUGGCUAACAUUAAUCAAAGUCUGUAUUGAUAUGUACAUUUGAAGUUAAAUAAUCUAAUGUGUAAUGGGUUAGGGCUAAGUGAUCUUUUAUAGUAUUAUUUGUUUUUGUCUUUUUAUUAAUAUUUUUUGUUUAAAAUGUGCAAAUAGUCAAGGGGUUUGAAAGCAGAGAGCUGCUGAUACAACAUCAUGUUGUCAAGAUUAGAAAAUGAUACAACUGGAUGCUCAAUAAUUGACCCUCUGGUAAAAUGUUUAAGAUGCUUUUGGGAAAAUACAUGUAUUGUUUCACAGUGGUGUCGUGCAGACAGACCAAACUUAGCUUUUUCUCAAAAUGGAUGUAUUUAAUUAAAAUCGAUGAGCUGUUGAAACAAAUUUUGAUUGGUUGAUACAAUAUUGUGUGUUUACUUUUUCCAUCUUCACUGUCUGCUGUUACCUCACAGCUGAAAUGUUGGGUUGAAAAUCAAUAAGUAUGCCAGAAAUUACUUGCAAAAUGAAAUUCAGAAGCAUUAAAUUCUAAAUAAUUACCAUACCUGCCAUUAGUUAUUGAUCUGCUGGGGAAGAAGAAUGGGACUUAUUGGUAUGUUGUUCUAUGUAUUUGUGUUGUUUUUUUUUCUUUUUCUGACGUUGAUGCAGGCUGAUACCAGUUAAACUGAAAUUGCUUCAUCGAUAAUUUCUCAAUUUUAUUUUAAACAAGCAACAUUUGGGAUUUUUAUUAUAUAUAUAUAUAUAUAUAUAUAUAUAUAUAUAUAUAUAUAUAUAUAUAUAUAUAUAUAUACAUACACACAGUUUAUUAGAUAAUUUCAUACAGACAUCACUUAUUUCAGGGUGAUAUACUGUAUACUUUUAUAUUUCAUCUCGUAUGAAGCAACUCUGUGUGAACGGCUCUACACAUCUGUGCUAUUGCACAUUGGUCAUUAUGUAUUGUGAGGAUUUGGUGUCACAGAUAUGUUCUCACUCAUAUUAACAUCUGAAUUGUGGAGUAAUAUUAAUGUGGAUCAUUAUAAGCUGGAUGCUUAGAUGGUCAUAGCUCUCAAACACUUGUUAUUAAUUAAUUGAAUCAACCUUGUGCAUCCCUCAGUCAGAUGAAAUGGCAGCUGCACUCACAUGUAUCAUGAAAAACUCAUUGUUUUAACAAGUAGGAAUGUAGUCAGUGUGAAAUUGGGUAUUUUACAAACCUAAUACAAAGUUUACCUAAAUCUGGUAAUCUUAAAAUUCAAAUAAGCUGUCAAGGUUUCGAACUGGGCCAAUUUUGCAGCACCUGCUCCCACUAUGUGGCCUUUAAUCCCCUAUAACAUAAGGUGUUGCAAUUGUAUCAUACUCUCAAUAAUUUCUUUGUACAUGUUAUAACCUACAGAUGCUCAGUCUUCAUAAACGAUGCAGACCACACCGAUUAAACUCAAUUUAAAUUACACUUGAACCAUUUCCAACUCCAGGUUUGGGUUUGAUUUGUUUACUACAAGAAGAUAAAUGUAAUGACUAAUAUCAGAAAACAUCUUUCAGGCUAGUGUCUGUGAUCAUGAAAUGGCCAGUAGUCCAUUAUUAGCUGCCCACCGAGCAGUGUACCAGUGCAAUAUAGCUGCUGGGUUGUUGUUGUUUGUUAUCACAUUUUUGCUGUACCUCUAUUGGCACUACUCAUUAGGCCUCAUGAUUUGUAAAAAAAAAAACAUUUUUUUAAAACAGCUUUUAACAUGUGAAGGAUAAAUCCUGGCAACUUUAUUCCAUGUCCUACCUCUAAGAAGUCUUCAGUUUACUGCCAAGUUUUCAGUAGUGAACAUGCUUUUGUUUCCUUUCAGCAUUGUUUUGACAUAGACUUUAUUACAGCAGGCUUGGUUUGCUGUGGCUCAUUUUGUUGACAUGUGUUGAAGCAAAGCUACAAAGAUGAGUCUGCAGUGUUCUCAGUGACACUACAAUGGGGUAAAACAAAAAGAUCACUCCUGGAAUAUUUGUGUCACUGAACCUCUGCAGUCAUGUGCUCUCAUGUACCUUAACAGCUGUGAUUGCUUUCUGUUGAUGUCAGUGUGCCUGUGUUUGUCUGAUGCAGUGAGGUGCACGUCAGUAAAUCACCAUCAAAGAUAAUGUCUAAUGAUAUAUUGUCACCCUCAGCUUUCCCUAUAUUUCUGAAGCUUCAUGUCAGUUAUUCUGUUUUUUUGUAUGAAUGGAAGAAGUGCUACGUUAUCUCACAGUCUAAAACAAGGGAAAUAUAUGAACAGUCACCUGUCUGGAAUCUGUAACAACUUAAAGUUCUGAAACACCAUAACUUUGGUGAAUGUCCUGCUGGGGUUAAUGGUACAUUUGAUUCAUGGAUAAACUGCAGAAUGUGUCACUGACUGACUGCAUACAUUAGGUCUUGAGACAUGAUUUUAUUUUAUUUUUUAUAUAUAUAAACCUGAUGUAAUCUGAACCUAAAUCUCAACUUUGAACUUUCCAGAGCAGCAGUUGAGCUCAGUGUCUGUGCCUGUCAAACAUUUGAGAUUGGGUAUGUCCGUGUUUGUUGAUGAAACUAUUAUGUCAGAAAUACUAUUUUUGAUGUCAUGCAUGAGAUGUAACGUGGAGCUAAAAAUAUUCAGCUGUUGUUAAAUUUUUCAAAAGUUGUUUCCUCGGUGAGUUUAAGUGCAGUUGUCUGCUUGCCCCUUCAAGUUUCACCAGCAACCAUCCCAUGAGGUGAGCCAGUGUUACCCACUCAGUUGAGGCUGUGGAUAUUUUUCCUGUACACAUGGUUUCUGUGCUCAAUAAAAAUGUACUGUGCCGUGAA